AUGUUUAGCAGUAGAGCAAGGUGGUUGCACUUCGUUGUGCAAUCCAAACUUUUUCCAACAACAUCAUUAUGCAACAAAUCUGCUCAGAGAAGUUUCUUUUGUACUUCGGCGAAGAACGGUAACAACAUCAACAACAAGGACAUCAUCACUGAUGAAAGGUAUCGGCAGCUCGAAAAUCUCGACAUGAUGACUGCCAUUAAGAUUCUUUUCACUGAUCCCCCAAAGAAGAGAAAGUUUGGGUUUGAUUUUCAUCUUGUGCAAUUUUUCUUUGCCUGCAUGCCUUCCUUGGCGGUAUAUUUGGUGGCACAGUAUGCUCGUUAUGAAAUAAGAACAAUGGAAGCAGACGUGGAGCAGAAACGGAAGAAAAAGGUAGAAGAAGCAGCAAAGGAAAUAGAAAAAGAAUUGGAACUAAAUCCUCCCGAGGAAAAUGAAGCAAAUCUGCAGCUGUUAGAGGUGAACGAGAGACUUGACAAACUUGAAAAGACUGUAAAGGAGAUUUCUGUUGAAACAACGAAGAAGCAAUCACGCAGUAACAUAGACUCAAAUCAGGUAACGGGUGAUGAUAAAGAACUCCUAAAUAGUUCUGCACCAAUGAACACUAGUGGCAAGGAUAAUUCAAAGUCAGAAUUAGGCAAGGAUAAUUCAAAAUCAGAAUUAGGCAAGGAUAAUUCAAAAUCAGAAUUAGGUAAGGAUAAUUCAAAAUCAGAAUUAGGUGAAGAAAGUAAGGGUUUAGUGGCAACUCCAAAUUCUUCUCUUCAGAAUCCAACAAGCCAGAAUCAAAGCGGAAGAGCUUCUUAA